AUGUUGAUUAGAUUGUGUGGAUUUGAAACUGACCAAUCACAGCUGCUAUUUGAAUUUACCAGCAUGCUGGCCAAUCCAUCCAGCCAAUCAGAAGCUCCAAAGUAUCACAGUGAAAGAAUUGCAGCCAUGUUGGCACACCAAAUCCUCCAAGACUUAGAUGAUAAUGAUGAAUUUGAACAGCAACUCCUGCAAAAGAUAAAGAGUAUUAAAAUGUGUUCAGAAUUGGAGCUUAUUUGCAUUCUGGAGCAAUUAGAAAAGGUAUUUAGUGAUAAGAAAGCUAAUAUCUAUCUAUACUAUGAUCAUGCAAAACUAAUGACUUCAAAACUUAGGUUGCAGACUCACACACUUAAUAGAGAGAAGCUUCUCAACUAUUUGACUCACAUCUAUAGAAAUUGUUGCAACAUUGACUCAGUCAAGACCAAUGACAGCAUCUAUCUCUGGUUCUGUUUGACAAAUAAACUGGCUAGAGCUGAAGAUGCUUUAGACAUUUACAAAUUCAAUCAUCAGCCAAUUAUCUCUCUGGUCACAAACAUGAGAAUGUUUGACUUUAACUGA